UUCUUUGUAUAAUUUCACCAAAUUAUAACAUGAAAAUAAUUUUAAAAAUGUGCAAAGUGCGCAGAGCUGUCACUCACCUGUCUACUCCUCAUAUGGUGUCACGUGACCUCAAAUUUAUUUAUUUUUAAUGUAAUAUAUGCAUUUGUUUUUUGAGCCUUUACGUCAAAGAAAAAUAUCUAUCCCUGUGGGAUAGACAAUAAAGAAUCAGAUUACUGCACAUGCACCUCACUUUGAUUUGUAUUGGAUGCUGUGGUAAAGGUCAAAGGGAGAAAAAAACAAGACAACCCAACUAAAAUCAAUGUUUGGCCAAGAAUCUAAAAUCAACCUUGGUAGCUGCAGAUAACUGGAACUUAAAGUUAGUUCACCCAAAACUUCUCUCAUAAUUUACAUCCCAUUAGCAAUCGCAGAUAUGUAUGACUUUCGUUCUUCGUUCUAUCAACACAAUUUGGCUAUUUUUGGUCUUACUAUGAAAAUAAAUGGGUGCCGUAAGGCUGCUGGCUGUUUGACGGUCAAAGUCAUAUUUAGGCAGCAUAAAAGUAAUCCACAUGACUCCAGACAAUCAAUUAAUGUAUUUAAUAAUGUUAUUAAUGGAUUGGUUCAAAUUUUUCUUCCAUCAAUUUGAAAAAUCCAACCAAAUCUGCCAAGUAUCCUGUAUUGCAUAUGUGUAUCUAGUCAUGUCAAGGUGUACCGGCCCAUGGGCCUCUCAGUUCUUAAUCCAUCCUUGGUCUUAUGGACAGAGAACCAUUAACUGGAUUCUUCAAAAAGGCUUCGAGUCCCCACACAGUGACCACGUUUACAUGGACUCCAGAAAGCGGGCUAUUGCGAGAAAGCAGUUCCAGUAUACAUGAUCUGUAUAAGCAGCGUACUCCUGUAUACAUGCAGCUCAGUCAAUGUUCAUCAUGAGAGAACAGAUGAAUGUGAUCCACACUGGAGAACAGCAGAUGCUGCAGAUACCAGUGAAGAUGUGUUCAGUGAAGCUGCUGGACUGCAGGAACCUGAUGAAGAUGAGAGAAAUCAAAGUAGAGGAACAACAGAGUGAUAAAUAUUAUGAAGAAACCACAGCAAAGGAACAACAGAAGCUGAUGGACGUGAAAGAGGAACAUCAAGAGCUGAAUGAAGCAGAGAAGAAACAUCACGAUUUCACAACUGGAGAAAAAUCUUUGUGUUACUCAAAGACUGAAAAUAAUUUCUCACCAAAAAAUCCUCAAAGAAGAGCAGCAAAGAAAUCUCUUACUUGCUCUCAGUGUGAAAAGAAUUUCGCAUGUAAAAAAAAUCUUAAUGUACACAUGAAAAUUCACACAGGAGAGAAACCUUACACGUGCCAUCAGUGUGGAAAAUGUUUCACCGUGAAAAGCAAACUUAAUUUACACAUGAGAAUUCACACUGGAGAGAAACCUUACACAUGCCAUCAGUGUGAAACGAAUUUUGCAUGUAAAAAUAAUCUUAAUGUACACAUGAGAAUUCACACAGGAGAGAAACCUUACACAUGCCAUCAGUGUGGAAAAUGUUUUGCAUAUGCAGUUUCUCUCAAAAAGCAUCUCCGACAUCACUGUAGCAGAGAAAAGGCAUUUGAAUAUGAUAACUGUUGUAAAGCAUUUGUUGAGGAUUCAGACCUAAGAAAACACCUGAAAACUCACACACAUGAGAAGCCUUACAAGUGUUCUAUUUGUGGGAAAUGUUUUGCACACCUGUCCAAUUUUAAAGAACACCAGAAAAUUCAUACCUUUGCCGGAGUUCAUAUGUGCUUUGAAUGUGGGAAGACAUUUAUUACAGCCAGCAGCAUGAAACAGCACCAAAUAAUUCAUACUGGAGAAAAACCUUACAAAUGCUCACACUGUGGAAAGAGUUUCACUCAGUUACAAACCCUGAAAACACACGAAAGAAUUCAUACUGGAGAGAAACCUUACAAGUGCUCACACUGUGGAAAGAGUUUCACUCAGUCACAUAUCCUGAAAACACACGAGAGAAUUCAUACUGGAGAAAAACCUUACAAGUGCUCACACUGUGGAAAGAGUUUCAAUCUGUCACGUAACCUGAAAACACACAUGAGAAUUCAUACUGGAGAAAAACCUUACAAGUGCUCACACUGUGGAAAGAGUUUCACUCAGUUACAAAACCUGAAAAGACACGAGAAAAUUCAUACUGGAGAAAAACCUUACAAGUGCUCACACUGUGAAAAGAGUUUCACUCAGUCAUGUACUCUGAAAACACACGAGAGAAUUCAUACUGGAGAAAAACCUUACAAGUGCUCACACUGUGAAAAGAGUUUCACUCUGUCAUGUAAUCUGAAAAGACACGAGAGAAUUCAUACUGGAGAAAAACCUUACAAGUGCUCACACUGUGGAAAGAGUUUCACUCAGUUACAAGAGCUGAAAACACACGAGAUAAUUCAUACUGGAGAGAAACCUUACAAGUGCUCACACUGUGGAAAGAGUUUCACUCUGUCAUGUAAUCUGAAAAGACACGAGAGAAUUCAUACUGGAGAGAAACCUUACAAGUGCUCACACUGUGAAAAGAGUUUCACUAAAUUGUGUAAUCUGAAAACACACGAGAGAAUUCAUACUGGAGAAAAACCUUACAAGUGCUCACACUGUGGAAAGAGUUUCACUCAGUUACAAGAGCUGAAAACACACGAGAUAAUUCAUACUGUAGAGAAACCUUACAAGUGCUCACACUGUGGAAAGAGUUUCACUAAGUCGUGUACUCUGAAAACACACGAGAUAAUUCAUACUGGAGAGAAACCUUACAAGUGCUCACACUGUGGAAAGAGUUUCACUCAGUCAUGUAAUCUGAAAAGACACGAGAGUAUCCAUACUGGAGAAAAACGUACGACUGUGAUUAAUUUGGGAAAAGUUUAAACAAAGCAAGUAAUCUAUAUAGACAUGUAAAAGAGUAUUGCCCAAGAAGUCACAGUUGGUGGUAGACCAAUGUGUGUUUUUCAAUGGCCCAUACCAAUAAGCCCAUUGUAAACGAUAUAUAUGUCACCGAAGUCUUUUAAAUUAUGAUGGUUGUGGCCUGUCAGACUCUGUUUCCUUUAAACUACCUCUUUCUGCAUUUUCUAUCUUUAAAAUUCCAACUGUUGAUGAGAGAUCCCCUUUAAUUUGGAAAUACAGACCUGUCAGCUUGGUCCUCUUCCAAUAUAUUUAGUUAAAGUAAGUUUUCUUCUCUUGGCUCUCAACGAAGGCGGUCACAUAUUCUCACCCUCUCCCUCCCCUUACCUUCCCUGCUUUGCUCCUCUCGUCACAUCUAGUCUACUGUCUUGUACUUUGAGAGACUCUCUCAGCACUGCUCUCCAAACUAAGACAUCAUGGAUUUGAUCAACUGGUCUCUCAACACCAUCUUCUCGACGAGAAGCUUGGGUUCGGGGGAACCUGACUGCCCUGACGGAACGUUUGCAGCUGGCUACACGAUGGACGCGUGGGAGAGGUGACGGGUCGUGUGUCUGGCGGCUCUUUCCGUGCAGGACGUUGAAGAUAUCUACCUAUUCGGUACCAUGAUAACAGGUCUUCUGCUGAUUGGAUUAGGCAUUGCCCUGGUUUAUCGAGGAGUUAAGAAGACGGUGACAGCUGUCCAAAGCCUCACAAGGCUGCCCGUCAUGAUUGAAACAGUUGGCAGAGCUGUCUGCACUCAGACUGGGUCUAUGAACCAAAAUACGGAUAACAUCAAAUCCGUAUUUGUGGUGAAGCUCACAGCUUUUCAAAGGCAAAUGGAUUGUUUCGGAGACCAAAAUGGACCAGAUGAAUAGCCGUGUAAAUCAGAAGCUGCUUCUCGCCUCAAGACCAAACAAUCCCAAUCUUAUCUGUUUUGGCCGCCCUCAACCAGCACUGGCCUUGGCCAAGGCCGCUGAUGGAUCAACAACUCCCCCGGAAGAGCACUGCAGUGAGCCACUCUCACGUUCCUUUCCCAACUCCCCAGACACCUGGUGAUUGUUGACUAUGUCUGGGACUUGAUCAAGGUUGUCUCCAUGGCAACUUGCUGUGUAUCGCUAUGACAACCCUGCGGACUGAGGCACCUAGAUUAGAUGCUGGCAUAGCGACUCUCCAGGCCUACACACACAUGAACUCUUACACAUAUAUGCAAUCAUCCGCCCGAUACCCUAUCCCUCGCCUUCGCCGCUUUGUACCCCCAGUCUGACAGGCGGGUCUGUGACCAGCGCCAAAAAAUGGCUGCAGGACCGGAUGGCUGCUUGCUUGUGCUGGGCCACCUCCACCCCCAAUCCCCUCCCCUGUUGCAAGUCUUGUUCAUGUUGUAGAGUGUACUGAUUAUGUGCUAAUGUUGCUGAGGUGUUUUUUUUCUAUUCCCACACUGUACUUCUUAAGGAGCAUAGUCUGGGGGCUGCCUUUUUUUUUUUUUUCCUCCACCUCUCCUCCAUGUCAUGCUGUAUUUCUUUCUAAUUCCCUGUCUUCCUGUCCUGUCUACCCCCUUGUCAUAUGUAUGUUUGUAUGGCCAGGUCGAUGGCCAAUUUCACUGGUUUACUAUGUGACAAUAAAGGACUACUACUACUACAUCUUUGUCUUCUUUAAUCACUGAGAUCGUUCAUUCUUCACUGUCCUCUGGUUUGGUUCCUAUAUCAUUCAAAACUGCUUCAAUAACCCCAAUACUCAAGAAACCAGGGCCGAUCCUACAAAUGUUGAUAAUUGUUGUCCUAUUUCAGAUUUACCAUUUAUUUCAUAAAUUUGUUUGGAAAGGAGUGUUGCAGUUCAGAUUCAUGAUUGUCUUUCAGCUAAUAAUUUGUUUGAACAAUUUCAAUUGGGUUUACUUCCACAUCAUAGUACGAAAACUGCACUUGUCAAAAUGACUAAUGAUCUGCUGUUGGCUGCGGAUUCUGGUCAGCUGUCAAUACGCAUUCUUCUUGAUCUGAGUGCGGCCUUUGGUACGAUCUCACAUAAAAUCCUCCUAGACAGGCUGGACUCAGUUGGAAUUACGGACACCCCCUGUCUUGGUUUCGAU